AUGUGGAAAAUCGGAAUUCAGGGACAAAAACGGACGCUCAGCUCGAUAACUCGUUUUGAUACGAAAAAGUUUGUCCAAUCUUUGCAGGAGAAGGGAGGUUUUAGCGCCGAGCAAGCAGAAGCAGCAGUUAUUGUGGUCAACAAAGCUGUCAAUGAUGGCAUCAGUCAGAUUGCAAAGAACUUGGUGGCAAAGGAGAAGUUGAAUUCAGUAGCAUACCAACAGAAAGUUGACUUUGCAAAGUUGAAAGGAGAGCUUCAAACACUGGACAAAUCCGAGUUCACCAAUUUGCGCAAGGAGCAAGAGAAACUACGCACAAACUUGACUAAUUUACAAAACAGACUCAAGGAAGAGAUCACAAAGAACUCUGCCGGUGUGCGACUUGAUCUAAACUUGGAAAAGGGCCGCAUGAGAGAAGAAAGUUCAAUACAUGAGCUGAAAAUCGAAGACACAUACACUCGGAUUGACGAGGAAAUAGCCAACAUGCAGAUGCAAAUCAAGUCUGUCAAGACCCAAGUUAUGCAGUGGUUAAUCGGUGUGAGUUCUGGUACUGCUGCUCUUCUUCUUGCGUUUGUCCGGUUUUUCGGCUAA